CGGAAAAGUCUAAACGAAAAUGGCAGGUUCGAGGAGCUGCACUCGGUUAAUGGGUGUUUAUAUUCUACUUUUCGCCCCUUUUUUCGCCUUGGGGAGCGCCACGUCUCAAGUGCCUUUUCUUAUGUGGUCCAGUGAACGCUUGCCACCACUGGCCUCACCUGCAGCUGGUCAUAUAGCAUCUUAUGAGCAGCUGAGUGCCUACCUCACCUCUGCCUUCAGCUCUGGCUCCCACACUGUGCUGCUGUUCUUGCAGGACAAGUUAAGCAAAGAUGACUUCACAGUCUUUGGUGGCGUAUUUGGGAAUAAGGAGGACAGUGCAUUUAAAAACAUUGAGGAUGCAAUGCAGACUUCUGCAUCAAAAGUGACACUGCCCUCCUUGGAGUGGUCUGGUUCCUUUAACAUGGCAGCUCUGCUGCAGGAGAAGCUCGGUGUUUCGCCUGUGCUCGUCGAUGCAGACACUCUCUCACAUCUGACUAUCAAAACGUCUGCCAGCAACCUCCUGCUCAUCAAUCUUCCUUAUUGUAGCAGCUUACAGAAGUCAUGCAAGGAAGUCCUACAUGAGAAUGAUGAGAUUAUUGGAAAAGUUCUGAGUUCAAUGAAAGCAAAAAACAUCCCAUACACUGCAAUAUACACGGGAUUCCAGCCAUCACGAGUGAUUUCAGAAACCCCAAUUUCUGAUCAGCCAGUGGGUCGGUCCUUGCUACAAGCAGCUGUUUCUGAAGUUAAGCCUCCCAUCAUGUUUAAUGUAUCUGGUGGUCCCUGCAUAAUGCUGUGGGCUCAAAAUCUCAAUGUCAGCCUGGGUCCGAACUUACCAUGGACCGACCUUGCUCAGGAAACACCUUCCUUGGUUGGAUCACUGUGUAAUGGUAGUACCUCACGGCUUGUUCUUACUUACCAAUCAGGCUUUACAUUAAGUUUUUCAAUGAGCAAGCGUUUCUAUUCUGUCUCUGCACGAGAAUGGUUCUCCCUGGAUGCAGUUGAACUGCAGCACGCUAACCUUCAUGCAUCUUACAUCGCGAGCCGUGACAUCAAUGCUCCCGCAGAGUAUUCCUUUCAUUGCCAGUCAGUUGCCACCUUCGGAGAUGCCCUGCUCAGCAAAAACAUAACAGAGGGAAAUUCAUCUGAAUGGAAGCUAAAUUUUAUCAACUUCCAGAUUCAGGGCUUUGGGUUGUCCAGCACAAACUUCUCCUACGCCAGUGACUGUGCAACCUUCUUCACCCCAGCAAUUUGGAUGGGACUGGUGACUGUGCUCCUUACGCUGCUAAUUUUAGUGUACGGUCUGCACAUGAUCAUGCAGAUUAACACCAUGGAUCGGUUCGAUGACCCCAAAGGCCCAUCAAUUUCAGUGCCUCAGUCAGAGUAAAUAACUUUUUUCCAAAAAAAAAAAAAAAAAGUAAGAACAUCCACUCCUCAGUUUUUGAGUGCCCCUUUGUUGAUCAAAGAAAGUAUCCCUUUGCCUUCUAGCUUUUGUGUUUUUGGGUCUUUUUCUUUAAUGUAUGUUUCUUUUGAGUCCUUCCACAGUUAUUUUGGCACAUUCCACAUCAUAUUGCCAUAUUUUACAGGUUCCAGAGUGUAUUUUUUAUGAGUAUUAUUUUAGAGCGUGUGCCAGAUACAGCUAGUAUUUUUACUAAAAUAAUUUGCACACAUAUCAUGGAAUGACUUCCUUGCCAACACGAAUGUGAUCGCUGAAUGCUGUAGGACCGUUUCAGACCUCAGUUCUUAAUAUAUUUUUUUUUUAUUUCCCCAGCCUAACUGUAAUUUAAAAACUACUGUUAAUGAAAGAAGUGCCUGUGUAUAUAAAUGAUCAUUUGUGAUGUGUUGUGUAGUGCUGCUGUUUUUCCCAAUAACAUACCUUGGAUUCGGUUCUGUUGCCACUCGUCAUGACUUAAAUGGCAACACUGGCAACACCAAUGUUUUCUUGGCAAGUAAUUUAUUUGUAUAAAAGGACUUCAUUUGCUUUUA